GAGAGUCAAAUAUACUGCACUUUGUAUCAGCACUUUGUGCUGUUCAGACACCCCUAUACACUUGUCCUUCUCACUGGUGCUGCUGCUACUCUCUUCAAUCAAGCAACAACAAAAAAUAAAAGUUUGCCAGAGAAGGACUUCCUCAUUAGCACAAAUUCCACAGAAACAAAUAUUUUUGUUGAUCAACAAACAUCCGUACCAAGUUAAGGAAAUAAGAGUUUGCAGUCAUGCCGCUAUCAGGAACACCUGCCCCAAACAAAAGGAAAAAGUCUACAAAAAUCAUCAUGAACAUAAAUCCCUCAAGAGAGGGAGAACAAGACCUCUCCAGACUAAAUCUAGGGAAGAAGAUCAGUGUGCCCAGAGACAUCAUGUUGGAGGAGUUAUCUUUGCUAAGUAAUAAGGGAUCUCAGAUGUUUAAGCUUCGUCAAAAGAGAGUGGAAAAAUUCAUCUAUGAAAACAACCCUGACGUGUUUUCUGAUGAUUCCGUGGAUCACUUCCAGAAGUUUAUACCUUCUGUGGGAGGACAUAUAGGGCCUGGGGGCCAAACAGGAGUCGGAGGUGGUGGCUAUGGGUUGGGCUAUGGCAGUGGACGGAUGGUGUCCAGUAUGUCAGGGGGACACUAUGGACCUGGAGGACAACACCCACCUGUACCUCCACCAAAACCAGGGAGUAAAGGUGGUGUUGGAGGAGGACAGCCAGGAGACCUCAGCAGUGGUGGAAAAGGAGGGAGUGGAGGUAUUGACGGUACAGGCGGAAAAGAUGGUCAACCAGGACAGGAUGGCCCAGGUGGAAAGCAAGUCGCUAUAUUGAAGACCUACCUCUCACCAUGGGACAAAGCAAUGGGAGUUGACCCUCAGGAAGCAACCAUGUUAAACAUAAACCUACUAGAUUAUUUCUCCAAGGCUGAGCUUUGCAAAUAUAAGUCAUUCAACAGAUCUGCAAUGCCCUAUGGAGGUUAUGAGAAAGCAUCAAAGCUGAUGACUUUCCAGAUGCCAGAAUUUGAUGCUGGUCCCACAGAGGAGCCUCUGAUUGUCAUUAAUUCGGCGGCUGCCAACAGACCUUCAUUCAACAGGACACCAGUUGGAUGGUUGGGAUCUGGCGAAAGCACAAACUACAACAUUGAAAUGUCUGUGCCUAUGGAUGGUGAAACCGAAGAACUCUAAACUCAUUUAUCUCUGUAUUUUACAUAGCCAGUAGAUGAUUGAGAAUUGAUAAGGCCUGUUCCAAUUAGCUUCAAACAAUGCUAUUUUGCAAAAAUGUUGGCAUUUUAUAAUAUGUAAUAUGUUGUAAUAUAUUACAGUCUGCCACAAUAGCCAAUGGUGCAGGUUCCAUCUACACUACUUGCCACACCAUAAAUGUACCUUGUUUAUUAACAAGCAAGCUUCCUCAUGUAUGUUGGAAAAUAAAAUGUAGUUCUUUGAGGUGUUUUUGUUUAAAUGGAAAGCAGGUGGAAAUGAAAUGGGAUGAUGAUAAAAUAAUAUAAGGAAAAGGAAGGAAAGCUUAUUGUUUUGUACACUGUGGCAAAAAAAAUAAUAAAAAAGGACACUCAUUAAAAUAUGUAACUCAAA